AUGACAAGCCAUUGGUAAACGGGGCGACUAGGAGGGGGGAGUUACGUGGUCGCAGUUUAGGCCAAUCGAUGUGCUCGUGGAGUCGUGAAGGGGAACGAGCGCGAAUGGCACAAAUGGAACCUGAUAAAAGGGGGCGCGUGCCUCAGCAAGCUCGCGGUGAGACGGACGGUGGAGCAGAGCGACAGCUGCCUCGUUGAAGAGAGGACACGAACCACCGCCGAUCUGCUGCAAUGUUUGUCACCAAUGUCCUGUUGUAUGGCCUAACUUCAGCCACAUUUUAACUGUGGCAGUUGCCCCUGGAUCCCUUAUAGAAAAGGUCGGCAGUCUGCUCGCACAAAUUGAGCUUCUCCUAUCAUCACUGCCUCUAAGACUACAGCUUCAUCUUACUGUUGAAGCUGUUCAGAGAAGGAAAUAGUUUCAUCUUUUGGAGAGAAGAGCUGACAAAGUGAGUCUGAUUAAGAGUCCCUCAAGAUGAAGAAAAGCAGAAGUGCUCAUGGAGUUACACCAGGCGAGGAGAAUACAGAGCCUCCCGGAGGACAAUAUUCCACGGGCAGCAACCUUUGUGUGGAGGUGUGCAGAGUGCACCGGCGCUCCUCUGGUAAUCUGCAGUUGCCUCCAUUGUCCUGGCGACAGGCAGAAAAGGAGAGGGACCGGGGCAGGCCAGUGACACCAGAGGAAGAUCCCCUGACCCAGAGCAGACCCACAAGCCUGCCCAUUGCCUCUCUGCCUCGCAUCGACAUCACACAGGCUGAUCCUGACAGCCUUGAGGUUGAAAAUGGCCCAUCACUGUGUUGCAGCCCGUCUGACCCGCAGGCCUCCCCGGGCUCAGGUCUGGUACUGCACCCCAACCUAACAGGUCACGGUCAGCGCAGAGAGUCCUUCCUCUACCGCUCUGACAGCGACUACGAAUUAUCACCAAAGUCCUUGUCUCGAAACUCAUCCAUUGUUGGAGAACUGCAUAGCGAGGACCUGAUUGUAACUCCAUUUGCCCAGGUUCUGGCAAGCCUACGGACAGUUAGGAACAAUUUCACUACCUUGACAAAUGUACAAUGUGUAUCUAAUAAAAGGUCCCCUGUUGUAAAUCAGCCCUCAGUCACCAAAGUCUGUCUCUCAGAUGAGUCCUACCAGAAGCUAGCUAUGGAGACAAUGGAGGAGUUGGAUUGGUGUCUGGACCAGCUGGAGACAAUUCAGACUUACCGGUCUGUCAGUGACAUGGCCUCAAACAAGUUCAAGAGGAUGCUGAACCGGGAACUAAGCCACCUGUCUGAGAUGAGCCGCUCAGGCAACCAAGUGUCAGAGUACAUCUCCAACACCUUCUUAGAUAAGCAGAAUGAGUUAGAGCUUCCCUAUCCUGUUCAGAAGCAGAGAGAUAGGAAAAGGAAGCAGGGCCAACAGCAGCAGCAGGUUGGGAUGAUGACACAGAUCAGUGGGGUGAAGAAGGUCAACCAUGCAUCAAGCACAUCGGGAAAUACAGGAAACCGCUUUGGGGUCAAGACAGACCAGGAGGAGCUCCUCUCAAAAGACCUGGAGGACAUCAACAAAUGGGGGCUGAAUAUUUUCAAAGUGGCUGAACAUUCUCACAACCGACCUCUCACCUGCGUCAUGUACAAAAUCUUUCAGGAGCGAGACCUGAUGCGGACGUUCAGAAUUCCAACCGACACCUUCGUGAUGUUCAUGCUGACACUGGAGGACCACUACCACUCGGACGUGGCCUUCCACAACAGCCUGCAUGCUGCCGACGUAGCCCAGUCCACACACAUCCUCCUGUCCACACCCGCGCUGGAUGCGGUCUUCACAGAUCUGGAGAUCUUGGCGGCCAUCUUCGCUGCAGCCAUUCACGAUGUGGACCACCCAGGAGUGUCCAAUCAGUUUCUCAUCAACACUAACUCUGAGUUGGCUCUGAUGUACAACGAUGAGUCGGUGCUGGAGAACCACCACCUGGCUGUGGGCUUCAAACUUCUGCAGGAAGACAACUGUGACAUCUUCCAAAAUCUGACCAAGAAGCAGAGGCAGACACUCCGGAGGAUGGUCAUCGACAUGGUUCUGGCCACUGAUAUGUCCAAACACAUGAAUCUCUUAGCAAAUUUGAAAACCAUGGUGGAAACCAAGAAGGUGACCAGCUCUGGUGUCUUGUUGCUGGACAAUUACACUGAUAGAAUGCAGGUGCUGUGUAACAUGGUUCACUGUGCAGAUCUGAGCAACCCCACCAAGCCUCUGGAUCUGUACCGGCAGUGGACUGACAGGAUCAUGGAUGAGUUCUUCCACCAGGGAGACAGGGAGCGGGAGAAGGGGAUGGAGAUUAGCCCCAUGUGUGACAAGCACACAGCGUCAGUAGAGAGAACUCAGGUUGGCUUCAUAGACUUCAUUGUCCACCCUCUGUGGGAGACGUGGGCCGAUCUGGUCCAUCCUGAUGCCCAGGACAUCUUGGACAUAUUGGAGGACAACAGGAAUUGGUACCAAAGCAUGAUCCCCCAGAGCCCCUCGCCUCCUUUCUACACAAGUGAUGGAGAAGGAGGCCAACAUGGGGACAGUGAAGGGGUUUCAGUAGCGAGUAAAUUUCCCUUUGACCUGACCAUGGACAGCCAGGAGAGGCCAGCUGGACAUAGAGAGAGUGUCCUGGUGGACACAGCUGUCAGAAGUGACCAUUUGAGUAGAGACAAUCCCUCUGACCUGGAAGGAAUAAAAAUGACAACGUGUGACAUCUCAGCUGCAGAAACAUAGCUGAACUGACGAUGUCCUGGAAAAGGACGGUUUUAUGCUGAAUUUAUUUUAUUGCAGCGGAGGCAUCCUGCAGUGAGGCUUUAUAGAGCUGUCUGGCAAAGAAGGCCUGUCUGAAUGUUGGCCACCCCUGCAAACAAGGCUCAGAAACCCUGUUGCAGUAUGUUUUUGCGGCGCGGCAGAAGAAGCUGAGAGUGUUUCUUUAAAGCAGAGACUGCCUAAACUCGACUGGGUGGGGGUCCCUACAGACCAACAGUCUGGAUUAGAUGGUAUGAAUCUACAAACUGGGUAAAGGAAAAACUUCCAAACUUGCACUUCAGGACAUUUUUAUCUUCAUGUAGAAUAUUUAUAAUAUUUGAAGACCUAAUAACACAACCUAAACUACUGGUCUGCAGGUUACUUGUAACCAAGUAGUUUUUUUAACACUUGUCUAAGAAAAGAGGGGAAAAAAGGAGAAAAAAAGUGCCUUUUUUGUUUUAUUGUACAACCAUGUCUUUUUGUAAGCGUUUUUAUAAUUUAUUUAACAAGUUCAUACAGCUGUAAAAAGUGUCCAGUUUCCUACAAGAGGACAUCAUUGUCUCAUAGUCUUCCUAAUGUUCUGGCAAUAGUCAAAAAUUAUUCACACAGGUUUAUGUAUGUGAAAAAUCUGUUGACUUCCCAGCACAAUUUGCACUUUGUGACACUGUAGAGUGAGGAGAGUGUGGAAAACAAUGGGGCUGUAAAAAGGACGGCGUACAUGUGAAGCCAAAUAAUUUGAUUUGAACAAUCCAAAUAUUGUUUCUCAACCUCCUAUUCAUCAUGUAGGCCAUUACAAAACGUAUAGAUGGACAGAGAUGGAGGAAAUAUCCAAAGAUCUUCUAAGAAAAGAGCACUUUGAUGAUUUCACUGCCACAUCUUAAACGUGUGAUCACACACAGGAAACCUUCAAAGUUCAAGCUGAGGAACUUCCCCUGAUUUUCUGGACCAACUGAUGCAAGAUCAUCGUUAAAUUCUUCUAAGUUAUCUAAACGUAAACAUACAAAAUGUUCCAAACCUAUUGCUAGUAGCAGUACUCCAUUCCUUUGAACCCACUUUACAUUGUGAGGUUGUGCACAGCUUAAAGAAACAAAACGUUUGUACAACUCUUGUCGUUUUCACCACAGCAACUUGAAAAUGCCAACAGCUCUGCAGCUGGUUGCAGAUCUGCUCAAAACUUCCUAAAAGGUACCACGACGUAGGAUGAGGGGAGACCAGUCUGUAGUCAUAACAUGACAUUCUUCUUCUGUGAAUGUGAGCGUAUAAUUAAGUGGUCACAGAACCACACAAUCUUGUCGCACAGAGCUGUAUAGUGCUGACAGUAACAGUGUAUUUAUUACUUUUUCCUUGUAUAAGAUUAUAUUGGUUGCUGAUAUUUACUGUAUAUUUGCUGUUAUUUAUAUGCACCACCACACGCCAAAUUACAGUUUGACUGAACCUGUUGGGUGGUUUGUCUGUAUUUAGUAAAAUAUUUUGCUACAAGACCUCCUCUUGAAGUCAUGACAGUAUGUUAGCUUUGAGGCUCCAGCCAGAAAACGUUUGGAUGUUCUGAAGCACGGCACCAGCUUUCCGGGUCUUCAGUUCUGGCAGGUUAUGCACUGCAGCGUAUGGUGUACGGUGACGGGUCAUUGUACAGCUGUAGGAAUAUUUGCUGAAAUAUUUAGCAUUGUUUCAAAGGUAUUUUUUCAGUGUUUUCCUCACAAUAUAUUGGUAAAAAAGAACAACAACAAUGGUGUAUGUUGUGCUCAACAAAUGUUUUCUAUGUGAUUAUUAAAAUGAGCAUGUAAAACAGAA